AAAAAAAUCAGGCGACGGGUUUUGCUGUUCGCGCUUGCGCAGUAGCACGGAGCUUUGUUAUUUCCUUUCGUUAUGGCGCUGAGCAAAACGUUUGGACAAAAACCGGUCAAAUUUCAGCUUGAGGAGGAUGGAGAUUUUUAUAUGAUUGGUUCCGAGGUGGGGAACUACCUCCGUAUGUUCAGAGGCUCCUUGUAUAAACGGUACCCGUCGCUAUGGAGAAAACUGGCAACGGUGGAAGAAAGGAAGAAAAUAGUGGAGUCCUCGCACGAUCAUGGUUACACUCAGCUUGCCACCAGUGUGACGCUGCUGAAAGCCUCGGAGGUUGAGGAGAUCCUUGAAGGAAACGAUGAGAAGUACAAAGCUGUCUCCAUCAGCACUGAGCCCCCCGCCUACCUCAGGGAACAGAAGGCAAAGAGGAACAGUCAGUGGGUUCCCACGCUGCCCAACAGUUCCCACCACCUGGACGCAGUGCCCUGCUCCACCACCAUCAACCGCAGUCGACUGGGCCGGGACAAGAAGAGGACCUUCCCUCUAUGCUUUGACGAUCAUGAUCCUGCAGUAAUCCAUGAAAACGCCACCCAGCCUGAAGUUCUCGUUCCGAUUCGACUGGACAUGGAGAUCGAGGGUCAGAAGCUCCGAGACGCUUUCACCUGGAAUAUGAACGAGAAGCUCAUGACGCCUGAGAUGUUCUCUGAAAUUCUGUGUGACGAUCUGGACCUGAACCCGCUGGCCUUCGUCCCUGCCAUCGCCUCCGCCAUCCGACAGCAGAUCGAAUCAUACCCGACAGACAGCAUCCUGGAGGAGCAGACGGACCAGAGGGUGAUCAUCAAGCUGAACAUCCACGUGGGGAACAUCUCUUUGGUGGACCAGUUUGAGUGGGACAUGUCAGAGAGGGAGAACUCUCCGGAGAAGUUUGCCCUGAAGCUUUGCUCCGAGCUCGGCCUGGGCGGGGAGUUCGUCACCACCAUCGCCUACAGCAUCCGAGGUCAGCUGAGCUGGCACCAGAGGACGUACGCCUUCAGCGAGAACCCUCUGCCCACGGUGGAGAUCGCCAUCAGAAACACAGGUGACGCAGACCAGUGGUGCCCCCUGCUGGAGACCCUGACAGACGCAGAGAUGGAGAAGAAGAUCAGAGACCAGGACCGAAACACGAGGCGGAUGAGGCGUCUGGCGAACACGGCACCAGCGUGGUAGAAAGUCUGCGCCCCUGCAGGAUAGUGGCUCGUGCUGAUGAUGGUUCGAAGCGGCAGCAGAGGCUCCUCCUCCUCCCCGGGCCGGACGCCGAUCUCCCCAACUCCAUUUUAUUUUUAUUAGAUUUGGUUUGUCGACGGCUCGUUGGGCCCUGGUUCACGUGACCCUCAGAGAAGCUGCUCUCAUUGACCACUGACUUUUACCACAGAGGGGAAACGCCAAUC